AUGCGUGCCUCGAGAAACCUGGGAUGGCGCUCUGCCGUCCUGGCAUCGUUUUUCUAUUCUCAGUCUCUGGCCGAGUUCAUUCUUUACCGCGGCAGAGAUCUUGCCUCGUGGUCUGAGGAGCGAGGAGUGUCGACUGGCUGCAUGGCGGCGCUGAACUCCACUCUCGACUGCGAAGAUGAGUUCUUGGAGCACAUGCUUCAGCUGGACCAUUUCCAAUGGGAUUCCUCGCUCCUUGCUUCGGGAUGCGCUACUCAAUGCAGAAGCGACCUUGACCAGUGGGUGACUGAUGUGGAGAGCCAGUGCGGCGGCGAGGACCAGUUCAGGCUCAUGGGAAACCUCCUCGACCCUUCUUCGCUGCCUCUGAUGUACCGGCAUCAAUUCCAACUCGGGUGCAUGACCGGCGGGUCUUCAGGAUGGUGCUGGCUCGAAUAUCAAGACUGGGAAGGGAGUGAAAUUCCCGUUUAUGCAGAAGACCUUUGCGCUACUGGUGAUCCUGACUUUGACGCCGAUGUCUGCUUCGAACCCGGCUUUGAUCGAACAGCAGUCGAGCCGGAGGAUGAGAGGCUGGCCAAUAUCUACGACGCAGAUCUCGUCUGCAGCGAGUGCUUUCUUGGCAUCUUGCACCAUCGCCUGCUGUCCCCGUCACUGCGCCAAUCUGACUUCACCGAUUACCUCAUCCAGCAGCACGCUGACCUGCAGGACUUCUGCUCAACCACCAUGCCCCUGACGACGGCCACCAAGUCUCUUUUCCUGGGCACUAUGACGCCGACAACAACCCAGACAGAAAGUGCUCCUCCGGCCGAAACGACGUGUACAGGACAGCUGGUUGAGCCUGGACCUGUACAGCUUUGGUGCGAUGGUCUUUCCGUCCUCUACGACGUGCCAACUGGCGAACUGGUCGUCCUUACUGGCGAGAACGACUGUCGUCUGACCGAGCCCAUCUGCGCACCGCUUCCAUGUCCUCUGAGACGACUAGACUGGAGCCAAACUUGGACCUGCGACAACCUGCGCGAGUCUGUAUCCACUGAGGAGUACAACGUCACCGAGGUUGAGUUUUCAACCUGGAACAGGAGAAUCCUCGGAACAUGCGACGAGAUCCGCGGGGAGCAGUACAUUUGUGUUGGACUGACGCGUCAUAUUCACAGCCCGCCGGGGGGUGAAUAUGAGCACCCGCCACCCAUCCAUGCUCCCACGGCCACAGAGCAUUACACGACAGCAGUGCCUGCCCAGCCAACGCACGAAGGCACGACAGAGAGCUGCGGAAAGUACACGGAAGUCCGUGCUGGCGACAGCUGCUACACCGUUGUUUUCAGGGAGGGAAUCACGCUGGACCAGUUCUUCGACCUCAACCCUCAGAUCCUGCCUGACUGCUCGAACCUGUGGCGGGAUUACGCGUACUGCGUGGCGCCCGUCUCGGAAGCACCGAUCAGCAGCGACGGUUCCUGCGGACCAGAAAACGGGCAUGCAGUGUGCGACGGCUCAGGCUAUGGUGAUUGCUGCUCACUGGAGGGGCUCUGCGGAUCCGGAGAGGAAUUUUGUGGCGACGGCAAUUGUUACAGUGGCGCUUGCCUAGGUCCCGAUGAGGCGAUCAGCGAGGACGGCUCAUGCGGACCGGACAAUAACCACUGGAUAUGUGGCGGCGAGGGUGUAUGGGGCAAAUGCUGCUCGAUUUACGGAUGGUGUGGCAACUCCGAAGAACAUUGCGGUCCUGGCCUUUGUUACAGCGGCGAGUGCGACCCCGAUGACGGCGGCCCGUCCCUUGACGGAUCAUGCGGUCCUCUGUUCCCUGGAAACAAGGUUUGCGAGGGGACUCAGUUCGGUUCCUGCUGCAGCAGCUAUGGAUACUGCGGCGAUGGUCCUGAGUUCUGUGGUGAGUGAUCUGCUGUUUCAGAUGAAAUGGAUGACUGAUGCAAACGUGGUGGAUUCCAAAUAUCCCUGGUGCCCGUCUUGGCUUGUGGCGGGUACUGUGGCUUAUGUCGUCCACAUGUGGCUUGCCACAGGUGGGAGGGAAUCCAAUAUCAGACGGUGA